AUCAACGGGAAGCCAUUCCCGGAACUUAUCGACGGAACAUCGACGGAACAUUCCAUAAUCUCCCGAUGGGCCCUGUCACCGCAAAUCCGAGCAGCGCACGACGGAACAUGACCGGAACAAACAGGGUCGAUAUCCAUCGGUUGCACAGACUUAUCGCAAAGGAGGUCAAUAUAGGCCGAGGUAGCGCGUUAGUCCUAUUCUAUGCGGGCCCGGCGAGUGCACCGUGUGGACGCCGACGAGCAAAUGUGGCUGCCACAGCGCUUAUGUAAGUGAGUACUAUGAUGAGGACUUGUCAGUCACACGCGAAAGUGCCACUAUGUUUGGAACUGGGUGUUAUAAGUAUUCUACAACUCAUCUCUCUUUUCCACAAACAACAUGCCUCCAGCUCUCUCCAAUGCCAUGACUAUAAAGCGCAUCCACCGGGAGGUCGCAGAUGCCAAGAAGGAGGACCUGGGUCCCAUCCUCCUCGCGCCUUCCACCGACAACCUCUUUCGCUGGGCAGGUACCAUCCCUGGACCCCAAGGGAGCCCGUAUGAAGAUGGCGUAUUCAACAUUGAUAUCCAGCUAGCGAACGACUAUCCUUUCUCGGCGCCAAAGGUCACUUUUGCGACCCGGAUAUACCACAUGAAUAUAUCCGACAAGGGCAACAUAUGCAUUGAUAUUCUCAAACAGAACUGGUCGCCUGCGUUGUCCCUGUUCAAGGUCAUGCUCUCCCUCUCAUCCCUUCUCACAGAUCCCAAUCCGCAAGAUCCUCUCGUUCCCUCCAUCGCAACCGAAUAUGUCCGAAAUCGCGCACAGCAUGACCGCACUGCCCGGAGGUGGACAGAGCUGUAUGCCCGAUUGCCCGCGCCCGCACCAACAUCCAUUCCAUCCACGUCUACAUUCUCCGUCCCUGUUCCCGUCCCCGUCCCCGUCCCCUCCUCCAGAUCUACAUCCACAUCCACACCUUCAACCUCAAUCUCUACAACUCAAACUUCUGGAUCCGGUAAGGGCAAAUCCCGUGCCCCAACCAAUCAACCUGCGCGUGGCUCAGGCUCGUCGAAUGCUCCUGCAGAGACAAUUGAUAUUUCUGACUCCGACGACGAAUUACUGCGACCACCCCUCACGCGUAAGCGUCCACGCGGCUCUUCCAAUGAAGUGGACAUCGAUCUUGUGGAGGUAGAGCACCGUGCAACCAGACGCCGGCGGACAGGUGGGGGUGGGAGUGUGGUUCCGAGUGUCUCUAGAAGCUCCAGAGGAAGUGAGAGUACUGUAAAAGCUGGGGAAGUCAUUAUCAUUGAUGAUUAGUACUUGGGUGUGAUGUUGAAUCCUUCGUCAUUUACUCCUGUUGCUAUAUACUGUCUCGGAAGUUUCGUUCCUCGGUUGCAACUUCCUGAUGAAGUUUCCACAUCUCAGUGUCAGCAUCUGUUAAGUGGUUGUACCUACCUAAAUAUUACAAGAAUCAAUCUGACCAGUGCCUCUGAGGAAGAUUCUUCUCAGGAAUCAGACUGGUUGACUUUCAG